AUGGUUAUGCUAAAUGCCCUCUCAGUUCUUAGCAGAAAAGCGUGCAAGCCCGCCGGGCAAGUCGCCGCAGCUGCUGGGCAGCUCCGUGAAGUCCCUCCUGCCGCCGCUUUUCCUCCCCCUCCUCGUGUUUCUUUUCGCUCUUGCUGCUUCCACCGCAGCCGCCAAGCAGCCCUGCGCUCGCUCCGCCGCUGCGCCUGGAUUGAUCUGGUCUCACUGGCGUCAGAGAGUCGGAGCCACCCAGCCUCCACUUACCCCACUGCCAAUACACAACAUACAUAUAUACACACACGCACACGCUCGCUCUCGGCCAAGUUAGGGAUCCUCUCCAAAUGCCCGCCCCCGCUCGCAGAAGGAAAGCGCGGCUACCCGGCCUGGGGAGCGAGCGCCGCGUCCUUCCUCCUUGCCGCCUUUUUGCCCUUUCUCCUCAGCUCGCUCCAGGCGGGAGGCUUCUCUCAGGCACGCCUGGGCCGGGCGGGCGAGCGGCUGGCCUGCGGUGGGGUUUGCAGCUUGGUCACAAACCAUUUGCGAACGGUGGCGAGCAACCCGGGCCGGCUUUCCUGUUGUCGUUUCCAGUUCCCUGCAGCUUUGGCAUGGGUUCGGGCGGCCGUCCGCAGAGGUGCCGCCUGGGAGGGUGGCCCGGUCGGCGCUAGAGAGCAACAGCUUUAACAUAUGGAACAAAGCUGCCUCUCUCCAGAAAAAAA